AUGACAUUCACAAAAGGUGUUGGCACACCAAAGUAUAUGGCGCCUGAAAUACUCAACAGGGAGAAAUACAAGAAAGAGGCGGACGUCUAUUCAUUUGCUGUAACAAUGUUUGAGUGUUUCAAAUGGGGUGAAAUAUACCCCAAAAAGGAUUUCCAAUUUGCUUGGUCAAUCGCAGACUUCAUAUCAGCUGGAAAACGUGUUGAAAGAGAUAGCAAUAUUCCAGAACCCUAUUUUGAAAUCAUCAAACAGUGUUGGACUCAAAAGAAGCGUGACCUUGUUCCUAUUGAAUCAGUUGUCGAAAUGCUGAAAACUAAAAUGAAAAGGAGUUAA